ACAAAGAAAAACACCCAGUCGGGUCUGUGAGGCUGUUAAUAAAAAAAUAACAAAAUUAAAAAAAAAAAAAAAAAAAAGAUGGGCCUUACAUAUCGCACUUAUAUUGAAAGCGAAUCACCAGUGUAUGGAUGCUUCAAAUGUAAAGCACAUUUAUCAACCGCAGAAGCAAUUGUAUCCAGGAAUUUUCACGGACAACAUGGAACAGCAUUUUUAUUCGAUACAGUAGUAAAUUUAAAAUUUGAUGAAGCUGAAGAUAGGGAAAUGUUGACGGGAUUACACAAAGUAAAGGAUAUCUCUUGCAUACAAUGUUCAACUGUCCUUGGCUGGGUUUACAUCAAGGCAUACAAUGAAGAAAACAAGUAUAAGGAAGGGAAAUUUGUAAUGGAAAAGAAGCUUUUAUUCGACUUUACAACAAGGAAACAGCUACAAUAAAUUAGGAUUAGUUUUCAUGUGUUCUUUCACUUAUAAAUAAAACACCAUCUUCAUCCAGAUGAUU